AUGUCAUCUUCAGCUGAGAAGAAAAGCCUUGUCUUGGAGAACACAGGACGUCGUGAUGCAUUAAUUGCCAUUGAAAAAAAAUACCAAAAAUUAUGGGCUGAAGAGCAUUUGUUCGAACAAGAUGCUCCUAGUAUCGAUGAAGCUCCAAUUACCAUGUCCACCGAUGAAUUGCACCAAAAAUACCCAAAGUUUAUGUCCUCCAUGGCUUAUCCAUACAUGAACGGUGUCUUGCACGCGGGUCAUUGUUUCACCUUGUCCAAGGUAGAGUUCUCUGUGGGUUUCGAGAGAAUGAAUGGGAAGAGAGCUUUGUUUCCUUUGGGAUUCCAUUGUACUGGUAUGCCAAUUUUGGCCUGCGCUGAUAAAUUGAAGAGAGAGGCCGAGAUGUUCGGUAGAGAUUACUCCAAUGCUCCAGCAGAUGACGAGGAAGAAGCAGUGGAAGAGAAGAAGGAAGAAUCUGAAGAUGUAACCAAAUUUAAGGCCAAGAAAUCCAAGGCUGCCGCCAAGAAAGGUCGUGGUAAGUACCAGUUUGAAAUCAUGUUGCAAUUGGGGAUUCCAAGAGAGGAAGUCUACAAGUUUGCAGAUGCCAGUUAUUGGUUGACUCAUUUCCCACCAUUGUGUCAAAGAGACUGUAACGAUUUUGGUGCCCGUGUCGACUGGAGGCGUUCUUUUGUCACCACUGAUGCCAACCCAUACUAUGAUGCUUUCAUCAGAUGGCAGAUGAACAGACUGAGAGAGGCAGGUAAAAUAAAGUUCGGUGAACGUUACACUAUCUACUCUGAGAAGGACGGUCAAGCAUGUAUGGACCACGAUAGACAAUCAGGUGAAGGUGUGACUCCGCAAGAAUAUGUUGGUAUCAAGAUUGAAGCCACCGAGUUUGCUCCUGAAGCUAAGAAAAUCAUAGAGACCAGCUCAAAGAUUGAUCAAAAUAAAAAAAUAUAUUUCGUGGCCGCAACUUUGAGACCAGAGACUAUGUACGGUCAAACUUGUUGUUUCGUAUCGCCAAAGAUCGAUUACGGUAUUUUCGAUGCAGGUGAUUCUUAUUAUAUCACUACUGAACGUGCUUUCAAGAACAUGUCCUAUCAAAAAUUGACUCCUAACAGAGGUGACUACAAGCCUGUCUUGACCAUUAACGGUAAGGCUUUGAUCGGUUCGAAGAUCCACGCUCCAUUGACACCAUAUACUGAAUUGAGAAUUUUGCCUAUGGAGACCGUCAUUGCCACAAAAGGUACCGGUGUUGUCACUUGUGUUCCUUCGAACUCCCCUGAUGAUUUUAUGACCACUAAAGAUUUAAGAAAUAAGCCUGAAUACUAUGGUAUUGAACCAGAAUGGGUUAAAUAUGAGCCAGUGCCAAUCAUCAACACUGAAAAGUAUGGUGACUUGAUCGCUCAAGCCAUUUGUGAAGAAAAGAAGAUUCAAUCACCAAAAGAUGUGAACUUGUUGUCUGAAGCCAAGAAGCUUGCUUACAAAGAAGAUUUCUACACCGGUACGAUGAUUUACGGUAAGUACAAGGGUGAAAAGGUCGAGGUUGCCAAAAACAAGGUCAAGGCCGAUUUGAUUGCCGCUGGCGAAGCCUUCGUUUACAAUGAACCAGAAUCUCUAGUCAUCUCUCGUUCCAACGAUGAGUGUAUCGUCUCCCUAGAGGAUCAAUGGUACGUCGACUACGGUGAUGAUGCUUGGAAGAAGCAGGCUCUAGAAUGUUUGAGUGAAAUGGAAGUGUUCGCACCUGAAGUGAGAAAUGCAUUUGAAGGUACUUUGGACUGGUUGAAGAACUGGGCUGUCAGCCGUACAUACGGUUUGGGUACCAAGCUUCCAUGGGAUCCAAAGUAUCUUGUUGAAUCAUUGUCUGACUCUACAAUUUACCAAUGCUUUUACACAAUUGCUCAUCUUCUUUUCAAUGAUUUCUACGGUGCAGAAGUCGGCUCGCUAGGCAUGAAAGCUGAACAAAUGACCGAUGAAGUGUUUGACUACAUCUUCCAACAUAAGGAUGACGUCAAGAUCACUGACAUCUCGCAAGAGGCACUACAAAAGCUAAGAAGAGAGUUUGAGUAUUUCUAUCCUUUGGAUGUGUCGAUUUCUGGUAAAGAUUUGAUUCCAAAUCACUUGACUUUCUUCAUUUACACGCACGUCGCUCUGUUCCCCAAGAAAUUCUGGCCAAGAGGUGUUAGAGCUAAUGGCCACUUAAUGUUAAACAAUGCCAAGAUGUCUAAAUCUACUGGUAACUUCAUGACUCUGGAACAAAUUGUUGAGAAAUUUGGUGCAGAUGCUUCCCGUGUGGCUUUGGCUGACGCAGGUGACACAGUGGAAGAUGCAAACUUAGAUGAAUCCAAUGCCAAUGCUGCCAUUUUGAGAUUAUUCAACUUGAAAGAAUGGGCUGAGGAAAGUGUCAAGGAUAUCAACUCUUUGAGAUCUGAUGACUCAACUUCAUUCUUUGAUGUUGCAUUUGAAAAUGAAAUGAAUGCCCUCGUUGAAGAAACUUAUAAACAAUAUGAGUUGACAAACUACAAGAACGCUUUGAAAUAUGGUUUAUUCGACUUCCAAGCAGCAAGGGACUACUACCGUGAAGCAUCUGGGGUGAUGCGUAAGGAUCUUGUUCUUCGCUUCAUCAAAGAGCAAGCACUGCUACUAGCUCCCAUUGCUCCUCACUUUGCUGAAUAUAUUUACCGUGAAGUUUUGGGCAACAAGGGUUCAGCUCAAACUGCAAAAUUCCCUCGCGCUACAAAGCCAGUGGACAAGGCAGUUUUGGAAUCUUUGGAAUAUGUGAGAUCUCUACAGAGAAGCAUCAGAGAAGCUGAAGGUCGCUCUUUGAAGAAGAAGAAGGGUGGUAAGCCAUCUGAAAUCGACGCUUGUAAACCAGUAAAGCUUACUCUACUUAUCUCCAAGUCUUUCCCAGAGUGGCAGUCGCGCUGCGUUGAGAUUGUCAGCGAACUCUUCGCUCAACAGUCCUUAGAUGACAACAAGAAGAUCAGGGAGUUGGUCGAACCAAAAGAAAUGAAACGUGCCAUGCCUUUCAUCUCCUUGUUGAAACAACGUUUAACUAAUGAACCUGCUGAAGUUGUUUUCCAAAGAGAAUUAUUAUUCAACGAAAUUGAAACCGUCAAGUGUACAAAGGAUAUCUUACAAAAGGCUGCACAAGGUAUUCAAGUUACUGAGCUUGUUGCCAUUGCCUUCCCAUACGGCGCCAAGGUCGGUACUGACAUCUUCACUGGUGAAGAAGUGGAGAUUCCAAACCAAGCCAAGAUCGUUGAGAACUCCGUUCCUGGUAACCCUGGUGUUGUAUUGACAAACAUUUAA